GGCCAAGCUUGUUUGUCAUCGUCUCAGUGUCCCGUUUUCAUAGCCCGUCCGUCCGUCCAAGCUACAGAUCUCUCAUCGAACAGCAGCAAUCUAUACACCCAAUACCCAUCCACGAUAUGAAGAUACAAGACGUACGCGCACACAAACAGCCGUAUCCCAGUCACAUCAUGAGUAUCCCUUUCCCAAAUAAGAGCAACAUUGCCGAUCGAUGCACUAAUCUGAUAGAUAUACCAAUAGGCAGGCAGGCAGGCACAAACACACCAGGUCGGCAGGCGCCCAAACCAUUGCAGGACACCCGUGUGUAUCACCCACCCACUCGCCUUUACGUCAACCACACACAACGACACCAAUAGAGCAAAAGAGGGGAUGCUUUAUUUACCCCAAAAAGUGGAUCAGCAAAGUAAGCCAUACCAAUACCAUGCCGCUGCCUGCCUUCGUAUUUCGUCCAUCCCCAUCCAUAUGCUCACAAGCUGAUUACCAAGCCGCGCUUUUCGUCACUCCUGGGCGGUCGCACUCUCGGCCGGACUGGUGUGGGCCGAGACGUAGUGGUCAAACCACAGCUUCCUGACACACACAUCCAGCCAAGCCCCUCUGCUGUGUGAACGUCGAUGGCGUCGUCCUUUUCGUUUCUCACUUGUAGACGAGUCCGUAGACCUGCCAGUGCCCCUCCAGCACACUCAACAGCUGCACUGUCGUCCGGUUGAUCGCAUCCACCGAGAACUUGAGCUCCCAGGGGCUAUCGCCCAUCGCUGUCGACGACAGAGGGAACGCCGCCUCCUCGUCCGGCCGGGAACCGCCACGUGCAGACAUGGGUCUACUCGGCGGGCGGCUGGCCGGCCGGCUGGGCGGUCUGCUGCCGGGUGUCGUGCGCGCGGUUAGGGCGCCCUCGACGGCCGUCUGGAAGGCGCCGAAGACACGCUUGAGCAGCACUUGCAGCACGGCACUAUCGCUCGCCAGACACUUGCGCAGCUUCUCCUUCGGACACAGAGAAGGGCAAACACCAUGAGAUUGCGAAACAUCUUAUGACGUGUUAGGGGUGUUACCUUAAGGCUCUCUUUCUGUUCGUCGGCGAGGAGCGUAGGGCUUGGCGUCGCGGCGGACUGUGUGUCCUCGGGAAUGGCGGUCUGCGUCUGCUGCUGACGGGCAUUCUCAAUGAUCACACGAUCAAUGCACAACACCAACACCUCACUGAGACCUGCACACAUACGGAGAGACCACAUUUGAGUAUCCCCAUUGCUUGUCUGUCCUUCUCUCAUGUUUUAUUCCGAUUCGCUCGCUCACUCGUGAUGGAUAUGUGUGGCUCCUGCAGCGACGCUUCGACGGCCUUGUACACUUGCUCCACCAGCCCCUUGUCCGCCACUUGGCUGGGGAACAGGGGCGUCGCCAACACGGCCACCAGCGCCAGCACAGCCGCACGCUGCAGGCCGUCCUGCACCCCGUGCAGACGCGACAAGUCCAGCCGCAGGGGCUCCGGGCAGUCGCCCAUCUGCAGGGGCUUGUCGCUGGCUAUGAGCUCGGCCAUCCUCUGUACAAACACGGGGUACACUGGCGGCAGGGCAGCGGCGAUCUCGGCUUGUGAGGGAGGGGCCGCGGAUGGCGGGCUGGGCGAGCGGGGCAGCGUCAACGCGGGGGCGUCAGUGAAAAGGAAGGAGUUGGUGCGUGCCAGACCGAUCUCGCCUGAUGGACAUCACACGCAACUGUCGGUGUGAAUGUUGCUGUGCCUUCGCCCUACCCACUCACGCACCUCUGUCGAGCAUCUUAGCGAAGUGCUGCUGCUCCAUCUUCUGCCGCUGGAUGCCGUUGAUCUGACUCAUGCGCCACUGCUGGAUCUCGCUCUCCAAUAUGUCCAGCCGACUAAACAGGUACUUCAGGCUCUCGAUAAUGGCCAAAUGAAACCCCUGGAGGAACGCGGCCGCGUCCUGCUCGCCAAGGCCGGCGAGCUUCUGCUGCAUCUCGGUGAACCAUUUGACGGUCUGCUCGUGUCUGAAUGGCGACUCGAGGUCGUGCAGCGAGGUGACGAGGAACCCGAUGACGGACUGCAGGGCUGAGGGGUCGAAUGUCUUGGUCUCUACUUGCUUCUUGACCAGGUCCAGGUCAAGACUCUCCAAGAACGCCUCGCGACGCUUCUCUGCGCCAGCCACAGCCACAGACAGACAGACAGAUUGGUCUGUCUGCGUCAUUCAUGGGGGUGUUUGCUUCUCAGUACCAGGUAUGUAUCUGGCCAUGGUGUUUCUGAGCUCGUUGAGGUGCUGCAGGACGAUGUCAUACUGUGGCGGUGACUGGUCGAGGUACCACUGUGUGUUGUCCCAGAAGGCCUUCUUCAUCGUCUCAGCCACCCUGUUGGCGAGCGCCUCCUCGCGAUUCAUGAGGCCCACGCCCUGCACGAGGCCGUGCUGGCUGAUGCCGAACCCCUCGUUGACGCGCAUGGCGUGCAGGUACAUCCACUGGCUCGUCAUCGAGUUGAGGGCCGCCGCAUAGGCGUGGAGGUGGUCAAGGCCCUUCUCGCCAUAUCUCUGGCAAAACAGACACAGAAUGAUUCCCUCCAUGCUUUCUCCUUUCGUGUGGUUCCUCUCUCUAUGUACCUCUGCAAGUUGCGCCAUCUUUUGUUUGAGGCUCUGGAGGUCCUCGGCCGUGGCGAAGCCGAUAUUGCUCGAGAUUUUCUGCAGGAGGGCCUCACACUCCUUGACGAGGGGAUCAUUGGGAGCGACAACACCCUCAGCUGGUGACGGCUCAGUCGACGGGAUAACAGGAGAGUUCGCUGACAUCGUCGCAGCAAGCUGAUGACACAGGAACCGCUCCGGUGAGGAUCACGAGGCUAUGGGGAGUGCCGAGAGGCCGCUACCAAUCUCCG